ACAGCAUUGCAAGGAUUGCCGCGACAGCCUCAACCUCUGAAGCUUUUGCUGCUCAAGGGCCCCGAAAUCAGGGCCUGGUGCGGCGGUCCGAUGUGCCAUGCCAGGAAUCUCUGAGCUAUGACCCACUUCGGAGGCAUCAAGUCGGCCUCCCUGUCCCAUGCUGAACAAAUCUUGGCAGGCAUCCAUGAGCACGGAUCCUGGGCUCUGGUUCACGCCUCCCAGGAGCUGCGCCGAAACGCGGAGUUUUUUCUGCAGGCUGUUGCCACAGAUGGCGGCUGCUUGAUGUAUGCUGCAGAUGAGCUUUGCGCAGAUGAGAAGGUCGUGCUGGCUGCCGUGACCCAAGACGGACAUGCCUUACGCUAUGCCUCGCCCCAGUUGCGCGCGGAUCCACACUUCGCGUUGGAGUGCGUGAAGUGCAGUAGUGAGGCCAUGCUGUACAUUGCCUCAGAGCUACGGCAGGAUCCGCACUUCACACUGCAAGCGGCGCUGAACGGAUGUUCCACUGACUUGGUCAACCCACGUCUGCGGAUUUGGCUGGAGCGAAGAGAUGAGUUGCUGAAUUUGAUGCGGGAGACCAUCGACAAACAAGACCUUUUGGGCAUCCGAGAGGUUAUCAAAGAGGCUGAGGAUCAUGGUUUGCCAGAUCAAGAUCUUCAAGAGCCACGGAUGGCUGUGAAGAAGUUGAUCAAGUACUCCGAAGUCACCAGUUUGUGGGAACCGCUGAAAAGGAACGGUGACGGUGUGUCACCUGUGGUGUUGCUGCGAGGCCGCUGGCUGUGCCAGUUGGCACAACAGCCGGGCGCGCGACUGCCACGACGACAAGACUUGCCGGCCGAAGCUGUUUGGGAGCAUGAUGAGUUGCAGUUGGACUCGGAGCAAUACGAUGCGGGGCGGCACCUGCCUCCAACCAAAGUGGUGGCCAUCUCGUACUGCUGGCAUCGACUGGAACAUCCGGAUCCGGAGGGUGUGCAGUUGCAAGCCAUUGCUGCCUUGACCCGCAGUGCUUUGGAGGACCUGGGCAGCGCUGUCGACCUGGCGAUUUUCUGGGAUUUCUGCAGCCUUUUCCAAGAGCCUUUUCUCAGCACGCUGGAAGAGGAGGCUUUCCAAGAGAGCCUGAAGCACGUUGCUAUUUGGUAUGCGCACAAAAGAACUCAGGUCUGGGUUCUGACAGCCAACCCUGAGAACUGGCACGCCUUGGGAAGCGACGGAGUGGCUGCCUCUGCCCUCGCAGAACACGCCUUGGGAGAUGAAGGCUGUACAGUGCUGCCUUAUGACUCGCGCGGCUGGCCCACCUUCGAACGCAAUGUGGCCGAAUUGUUGGCUUGCGAGGGUGGAGCUGGGCAAUCCAUCCUUCUGAUCAAUGAUGAUAUCAUCAAGCAGCUUUCAUCCAUGCGCUGGCAUGAGAUCAUGGAACGCUUGAAGGCGAAGCAGGCACCUCCCAAGGUUCCCAGCGCUUUUUGUGACUUGUUGGCAACCAAGACCUUUUCGCGGCCAAGAGAUAUGGAAAUGCUCCAGGAGGCAUACAGCGUGGUGUUUGAGGAGACCAUGCACACCAUGCGAAACUUGGUCUAUUGCGACCUGGGUUGGGGCGACCGUGCCGCUGCCGAUUUGUCCUUGGCUGUGAAGGCCUGCUUCUUGCUGGUCAACAUUGAAUUGGAAGGCUGGCGAAGAUGGGCCUUUGGAAAUCGGAGCCCAGUAACAACGUGGCAGACGAAGGUUGCGGUGUCUUGUUCGAAGCCUUCACGGACUGCGCGUCAUUGGCUCAGAUCACCCUGCGCUCCAACCGUCUGGGUGAUCAGGGCGCCCGCUACGUCACUCGCUACUUGCCGUAGUGUUUGCGGCUGGAGGAGUUGGACUUGAGCUUCAACAAAAUUGGCAAUGCUGGAGCUCAAGAUUUCAUCGAAAUGUUUGGUGGAAAAAAACAUCCAUCGUUGAAGGAGCUGCGGCUCAACAACAACAUUGUGGGUUCUUCCUUCAAGGUGCAGCUGGCGGGCGUUGUUCAGGAAGUCCAGGGGAACAACUUCAGCCUCUUCGUGUGAUGCGGUCCAGCGGCAUCCUACCAUGCCAAGCAUGGCGGACGUCCAAAAUUCCCCGGAACCAAAGCUGUUCGAAUGCUGUUCGGUCCCAAAAGGGACGGGUACCAAACCCCAUGAAGAUGCAUGUUUGCUUGGCAUGCUCAAUAG